UUUUGUUUCGUUUGAUCCAUCGUAUUUGUAUCACAUUUGUUGGAUGUUAUUUUACGCACAGAGUUUUUAUCUACAUAAUUGCAUGUAUUAAUAAAAUUAUUAUAUUUUUAUUGUGAUGCUGUGUCCGUUAGUAGAAGGAAAUUUAUAAAAGAAAAAAGAAAGAAGGUUAUAUCAUUAUCAAAUAAUAUUUUCACGAAAGGCUCGAAGAUAGAAGAUCGAAAAUAUGGAUUCAAACGGCUGUUCAUUAACGUGCACUGUCACGAUGGAGUGGUUAAACUCUCAAGGAUCUAUUUUAAAGAAGGCAACUCACAGAACGGCGUUACUACGUCUAAUUCGUAACAAUCAGCGCGAAAUGAUCGUCGAAAUACAAGCAGGAAAAGCAAAUGUAUCGACAAAAUUACCCUUAAAAAGUAUAUCCGUUUUUAACAAAUUUAUGACAGAGGGAAAAGCAUCUAUAAAAUUUAAGGAACAAAAUUGCACAUUGUUCUUGUCGAAUGCACCUUCCUCUCAAUUGAUAAGCUUUUUGAAGACUAUAUUCAUCAAAAUGACGGGUCAAGAAGGAAAGGUGGAUCCUCUGAAAGAAAAGCUCUUCACAAAUAUGCAACAUGGUGAUGCUGGAGAUGUUAGUCCAGCUACUAGCAUAGAGAUCAAUAGAGCAAAGGAGAAAGCUAUGGCUACAUCGCGUGCAACAAUCACUACUCCUUCACCGAGUAUUUUCAGGAAGCGGAAAUAUUUUAGUGAUGGCACUUCUAAAGUACCAGCAGCAAAAAAGUUAUAUGAUAAUCCUAUCGCUGGAGAAUUGACUGAGGAACAAAUUAAAGUCUUGAAUGCAGUACUUGGUGGAAGAAAUGUAUUUUUCACUGGAAGCGCAGGCACUGGUAAGUCAUUUCUCCUGAAGAAGAUAAUAUCAGCUCUUCCUCCGGAUGUAACAAUGGCUACAGCAAGUACAGGAGUAGCAGCCUGUCAUAUAGGUGGAAUCACAUUACAUCAGUUUGCUGGUAUUGGUUUGGGUACUGGUACCAAGGAGAGAUGUUUUCAGUUAGCUUCUCGCCCAUCCGUUAUUUCGAUAUGGAGAAAGACUAAACAUUUAGUUAUAGAUGAGAUUUCUAUGGUGGACGGUGAGUUUUUUGAUAAGAUUGAGGCAGUGGCAAGACACAUACGUAGGACAGAAAAACCUUUUGGAGGAAUACAGUUAAUUUUGUGCGGUGACUUCUUUCAGUUACCUCCUGUAUGUAAAAUUAAUAAUGGAGCAAAAUUCUGUUUUCAAAGUGAGGCUUGGCAACGAUGUGUUCACUUUAACUUUGAAUUACGAACAGUCCAUAGACAAAAAGAUGAAGCAUUUGUAAAAGUAUUAAAUAGUAUCAGGAUAGGUAGAGUUACAGAUGAUAUUGAAAAUACUUUGAAAGAAACGGCAAAACAACAUAUUGAAAGUAAUGGAGUUUUAGCAACUAGAUUAUGUUCGCAUGUCAAGGAAGCUGAUGAAAUUAAUGAAUUCCAAUUGAAUGAACUUAAGGGUGAAACUAAAAUAUAUACAGCAUUAGAUUCUGAUAAUUCUAUGACUAAUAUGUUAGAUCAACAGCUGCCUGUACCUGGCAAAUUAGUACUGAAAGUUGGUGCUCAAGUUAUGCUGCUAAAAAAUAUAAAUAUUAAUAGCGGGUUGGUAAAUGGAGCUCGAGGUGUUGUUAUCAAUUUUAAAAAUGAUAUACCAAUAAUUCAAUUGCGGUCUGGAGCUCAAUAUGAAGCAAAAAUGGAGAAAUGGACUAUCAAAACCACUUCUGCUGCUCUUGUACAUAGAAAACAAAUUCCAUUAAAAUUAGCAUGGGCUUUUUCAAUUCACAAAAGUCAAGGUUUAACUUUAGAUUGUGUAGAAAUGUGCCUGUCGAGGGUAUUUGAUGCGGGCCAAUCUUAUGUAGCAUUAUCAAGAGCUCAGAGUUUACAGAGUUUACGCGUUUUAGAUUUUAAUAGUCAACAGGUGUGGGCUAAUACAACUGUACUUGAAUUUUAUAAAAAAUUCAGGAGAAAUUUGCAAGAGAUAGAAAUAAUUCCUUUAGGUAAAACAAAUAAAAUUAGAGACAAAUGAAAGAU